ACCAAACUUCGCAUUCCACACUACACAUUCCAUUUCAUCUCUUCCAACACAUAACAACAACAGAGUCUCAUUCACCCACCACCUUCGACCAAUGGAAAUUCAGGCAAGCCCAAGCCCAAGCCCAAGCCCAAGCCCAAGCCCGAAGUUGGUGGCGGCGAGGAAGCUCUGGAACGUAGUACGGAUCGUGUUCUUGAUGUUGAGAAAAGGCAUAGCCAAGAGUAAACACGCCGUUGACUUCAACUUCAACUUCAACAGAGGCAAACUCGCCGCCGCCAAAGCCAUCCUCCACCUCCAGCGCCACCAUCACGACGCCGUCUACCCCCACCGCGACUACGAGUUCAGCUGCAGCAACAGCCCCGCCGUCACGAAACGCGGCAAACACCGAACACGGUUCCCGCAGUACCAGUACGACGACGCUUCGAGCGUUCGGAAAGUGCUGGAGAUUCUGAACAGCAAUAACCAGAUGGAGGGUUCUCCUCCUCCGCUGAAGAGUCCGAUUGGGAAGAAGGUGAGAAUCACGGACUCUCCCUUCCCUCUGAAGGAGGAGGAAGAGGACAACCAGGUUGACGUGGCGGCGGAGGAGUUCAUCAAGAGGUUCUACAAAGACCUUAACUUGCAGCAGAAAAUGGCUGCUAUUGAAUCACCCUACCAUUCUAACUUCUGGGGCAGAUGAUGAUAACCGUUACUUUUUUCUUAUCAUCAAACUACAUCGUAUAGUUCGGAAGUACUAUGUAUCCAUCUUCAUCUUUCUCUGUCACGUACAUACUCAUCUUGUUUAGAUAAAUACGAGUUUAAUCGAUAUAUAUAAUUAAUAUACUGGUUUUGUAAAGUAUAUGUUCAGUAAUCAGAAAUUAUACGUCAUUAUCAUGGGUACGAGAGUGAUAAGUUAAAGUGUAUUUUUAUUGUUUGUUCAGUAUAUUGUUUUAAUUUGUUCAUGCGAAAAUAAA